UAGCUUUGGCACUACAUGCAUCCGAUAUAUCAUCAUCUGUGUAUCGGGAGGCUGUUCUGGCUAUUCUUAAUGACACUUUUGGUCACUGCGCUGAGAACAUGAAGAAUGCAAGCAUGUUCCAAUCUCCCGGCACUCCCAUCAACACUAGCAAUGGACCAAUGAAUAGAAAUAAGGUUUUGGAAUUGCUUGAAGUUGUACAGUUCAGAUGUCCAGACACUUCUAUGAAAUAUCCUCAGUUGCUUUCAAAUCUGAGAGUUGAGUCGAAGAUUGAAGAGAUCCUAAGAAAUUCUGCAACAUCUGAAUUUGGCGGUGUAUAUUAUUUUUCGGAGAGAGGUGAUCGACUGAUUGAUCUGGAUGCCUUCCAUCAAAAACUUAUCCAGAUGUCACAAGAACUGCACACACAGUUGAGCGAGUCUGAGAAAGGCGAGCUAAAGGAAUCAUUCCAUCAUAUGCUGAAAUGGGCCUGGAGAUAUAACAAAAAUCUUGAAGAACAGGCAGCCCAGCUUCACAUGUUGACUAGCUGGUCUCAGACUGUUGAAGUUGCUGUAUCAAGAAGGAUGUCAUUGCUUGAAGACCGUUCACAGUUAUUGUUUGAGCUCCUUGAUGCUUCAUUGGGUGCCACAUCAUCUCCAGACUGUUCAGUGAAAAUGGCGUAUAUUUUAACCAAUGUAGCAUUGACCUGUAUGGCUAAACUACGGGAUGAAAGAUUCGUAUGCCCAACUGGUGCAGAUUCUGAUGCAGUUACUUGCCUUGACAUUAUUUCGGCAAAACAGCUGUCAAAUGCAGCCUGUAACUCGUUGUUGUUCAAGCUCAUUAUGGCAAUAACCCGAAAUGAAUCGUCUGAAACCUUGAGAAGACGCCAAUAUGCAUUACUAUUGAGUUACUUCCAAUAUUGUGGUAGCAUUCUCGACUCUGAUGUUCCUCCAUCAGUUAUUCGUUUCUUGCUACUUGAAGAACAGGAGGGAGAUGACGAUGAACUCACUCUUCAAAAGGUUCUGAAGGAACAAAGUGAAUUAGCACGUGCUAACUUUGCUAUCAUAAGGAAGGACGCUCAAGCAGUCAUUGAUUUGGUUACUAAGGAUGCUAUCCAUGGAAGCGAAGCUGGGAAAGCAAUUUCAUUUUAUGUUCUUGAUUCAUUAAUUAGUAUUGACCAUGACAAGUAUUUCUUAAACCAGCUUCAAAGUCGAGGAAUUCUCAGAUCCUGUCUAAGUGAUGUUAGCAACUAUUUCUCAAAGGACAUGUCAUUCUCCUCAGAGUUUUCACAACGGUUUUGCACUGCUGAUGCUCAGUUUUCGUUACUUCUGAGAAUCAGUCACCAUUAUGGCAAAUAUGGCUCUCAGAUUUUAUUGUCCAUGGGGGCUUUACAAAAUCUUUCAUCAUGCAACCUCUUGGGUUAUCAGAAAAAGGAACGAGCUGUGGAAAUUGACAAGAAGCGUUCACUUACUGCACCAGUCCUGCGAAUAGUCACAUCUUUCACAUCACUUGUGGACUCAGCUGAUUUUCUUGAGGUGAAGAACAAAAUUGUACGUGAGAUAGUGGAUUUUGCCAAGCAAAAUCAGUCAAUUUUUAAUAGCAUUUUAAGAGAGAACAUAUCUGGAGCUAAUGCCUUCACCUUGGAGCGGCUUAAUAUGGUGGUUUCUAUUCUCAGCAAGGUAUGGGCAUAUGAGGAAAAUGAUGAAUGCAGCUAUGUCCAAGAUCUAUUCUCAAUGAUGCAUUCUCUUUUUAGUCUUGAUUUUGGGUCUCUGAAUCUCAUUCAAUCACCAAAUAUGAUUGAAAACCAGAAGUCAGAGUUGGUAUUAUUUGGUCUCUGCUUUGGCCUGAUAUCUUACCUAUAUUUUCUGGCUACGAAGAAGAAUAUGCGGUUUCAAAUCUCAGUCGGUGAUAACAGCGAACAUGGUCAGCAGCAACCAACUCUUCAAAUGGUUUCAGAUCUUCUGAACUCUGUAACACUUGCUCUCGAGAGAGUAGGUGAAGAAAAAUAUUUGUUGUUAAAUAAGGUUCGUGACUUGAAUGAGUUAUCUAGGAAGGAGGUCGAUGAGAUAAUAAAAGUAUGCAUGAAGCAAGAUUGCAUCUCGCCCAACGAUAACAUCCGUAAAAGGAGGUAUAUUGCAAUGAUAGAUUUGUGUUGCAUGGCUGGCAACCGAGACCAACUUAUAACACUUCUACUCCAAGUCGCUGAAUGUGCCAUCACUAUUCUCCUCGUUCAUUUUCAUGAUGAAGCUUGUGCGGAAGAUCUGUCUUCAUUUUCUGAUGAACUACUCCCUAUAUUGGAAAGGCUAGAGAAUCUAAAAGAGGACAAGGUUGGACGUAAUCUCAAGUUGUUCCACAGAUCUGUUAGCACUCUGAAAGAGACAACUGUAAGAAGCAUGGCCAUGUGAGAAAUGUCAGGGAGCUGUAUACAAUACAAAUGUCUGUAGGAUAAGUGUAGUUUGCUAGAUUUCUAGCUGUGUAACAUUGUUGUUGUAUAAAGACACAUGUUGUAACAAUUGCAGCCCUAGCGAGAUGCCAAUUUUUUGCUGUGGUAUGUUGACCAAGAAUCAAAUAGUCUGGUCAAGUUGUAAAUGGAUCCCCUCCACUUUCCAAGAUAUGGGGCAAUUUGGCUGUCUCAAGAUUCAGGAUUUG